AUGACCGCCGCCGCCCAGCCGCUCUCCACCCCCGGCCUGCAGCGCUGGAACGACGAGGAGGACUCGGUUUACAUGCUCAACAGCGGCGACCUGGCCAAGGAGCGCGCCCGCCUCGAGUACAACCACCACAACAUCUGGGUCCCGCUCUGCGGCGGCCUCUGCCCUCCCCCGAUCCUGGCGUACCUCAACGGGCUGCCGGCCCCGCGCGUCGCCGAGAUCGCCACGGGCACGGGCAUCUGGCUCCGGGACAUGGCCGCGCGCCUGCCCGCGUCCGCCGAGCUGCGAGGGGUCGACAUGGACGCGACCAAGUUCCCGCGCGCCGCCGAGCUCCCGCCCAACUGCGCCAUGAUGCAGCACAACGCCCUGCGGCCGUUCCCGGAGCCCAUGCUGGGCACCUUCGACAUGGUCCACGUGCGGCUCAUCGCGCUGGGCAUGAAGAAGGGCGACUGGGAGGCCCUCGCGCGGAACCUCUUCACGCUCCUGCGCCCCGGCGGGUACCUGCACUGGGAGGAGGUGGCCGACUCGUCGUGGAAGUGCGUCCCGCCGAGCCGUGCCUUUGACGAGUGGAAACGGACCGUGGCGUCGUGGGCCAUUAGAGUCGGGCGCGAUCCGUUCAUGCCCGCCCGGCUUCCCCUCGUGCUGCGAAACUGCGGCUUCACGGACGUCGACGAGAAGACCUGGAACACGUACGGCGUCGAGGACAUGAUGCGGGAGCCGAUGACCAAGGUCUCUACCGAGGCCGUCCGCCCGAUCAUGCUGACCAUCCUCGAAGACGGUGGCUCGGAUGUGGUCCAGAGUGUCCAAGACAUCGACCGGCUAGAGAGCGAGAUGAGGCAGGACGUCUUGAACGGCACCCUGGUCGGGUUCACCUAUACCUGGAUUUGGGGUCGCCAUCCUUGA